AUGAAGAGGGAGCUGGGCGCGAUAGCCGGCGCCGACGUGAACCCGGACGCACCGCGCGCCAAACGACGCAAGGACGUUCCCGCCGCCGCCAGCCCGAGCGAGAAUCACGCCAGUGGCGCCGGUGCUGUGGCGGAGGCCAGUGGAAGCGCGAGCGAUAAUAAAGAGACGAGUGAGAGCGUGAAGGAGCAGGGGAUGCAGCUGUGGCAGACGAUCAAGGAUGCGGUCAACAAAGAGGGACGCGUCCUGUCGGUCGAUUUCAUGCGCCUGCCGUCCAAACGCCAGUAUCCGGAUUAUUACAAGUUGAUAAAGAAGCCCAUUUCCCUGGACGAGAUCAAGGCGCAGCUGCAGAAUGGAGGGUACCACUCGCUGGAAAGUGUCAAGCAGGAUUUGGAGAUGGUCUUUCAUAACGCUAAGCGGUAUAACAUGAAGGACAGUCAGAUAUGGAAAGAUGCGAAAACGCUGCAUAAACUUGUCAAGAAGGAGUAUGCCAGGAUGACCGGUACCAAGGAAGAAGAUACCGGCGAGGCUGGAGAGAAGGAGCACGACGCUGCUGGCGAGGGAUCAGAUAACGAGGGCGACAAAAAGUCAAAGGGCAAGACGCCAAAUAUGAACCGACUGCUGAAGAGUAGACUGCAGAAGCUGGUGGAGAAGACCGAUGACAGCGGCCGAGUUCUUUCAGAAGAAUUCAUGGAGCUGCCGAACAAGAAGCAAUGGGCGGUAUACUACAAGACCAUCAAACGUCCCCAGUGUCUGGAGAAUAUCUUCAAACGCCUCAAGCGAAAGGAAUAUCAUAAUUCGGCUGAUUUCGCCCGUGACGUUGAACUAGUAUUUGCCAACGCUCUUGAAUUCAACCAGGAACAUACACCGAUAUGGGAGGAUGCAUUGGUACUGCGAGAUUACUUCCGCAAGUUGAUGUCAGAUUUACCACCACCUUUCGCUCUUCCCGAGUACGCGGCCCCCACAAAGUCUGCCCCUGCCCAGUCGAGCGGCAAGAUCAAGCUGAAGAUGCCAGCAGCACCUCAGCCUCAACUCGCACCGGCACCUGGCCCUUCUUCAGAGGCGGAACAAACCUCGCCCAAGCUCACCCUUCGCGCUCCUCAACCGCCUGCAGGUUCUGCUUCCCAGCUGAAUCAAGCACAGGCCGCCGACACCAUCGCCGCAGAAGUGAAGUCGCCAGCGAUGGGCUCGCUAGUACAUAUUGCGCCUUCCGUUCCUCCAGGCACUGCUCCCCCGAAGGCUCCAGCUGCCCAUCCCGUUCAACCCCAGGCUGCUCCAAACAACACAGCGGGCCCUUCAACAGCAGUCGCUACCCAUGCGCCUUCGUAUUCUGUGCAUUAUCCCAAUGCCAUGUACCACCAGCCGACGACACCCGCCCCUCCGGCCAUAGCACCUGCCCCGCCGAUAACGGUCACGACCGCUCCUCCUGAUCAAACUCCCCAGAAGGCAUCUUCCAUCGCUAAAUCACCUGCUCCUACGCCGUCGCGGCCCCGUCGUCAAUUGACACACGUCUCAAUAAUCACCAACCCGACCACUCGUCGGAUGGAUCUUGACGUCGAGGAUGGGGUAAAGAGCUGGGCAAUGCGGUUGACAAACGGCGAAAAAGUGGUGACUAUCAAGGAUGUCACUUUUCUCGAAGAUGAGCACGAACAGGAAGAAGAUAAGCCCCCAGAGCAGGAGCAAUCAGAGCCUGCCACAGACACAAAGGGGAAGGGAAGGGCCAAGGCAGCAGCCAAGAAGACAGAGGCGACACCAGUCGACGCCAAAGUCAAGGCUAACGGGAAACCAAGCAAGGGUAUCGAGGCGGUCGAGGUUCGAUUAAAUGGAUCCUUGGUCAGGUCAAUGUCGGGCACGGAAUGGCAAGCAGACCUACCCGUGGGCGCCAGCACGCUGGAGAUUGGCGAGCAGGGAGGUAUAAUAUGGAAGGUUUAUUUUGACCGCCCGCCGCUAUAG